GCACAAAGCAGUCCUCCGGAGACUUUGGCCAAGCUUCCAGGGUUUCCAUGGCGGAAGUCGGAGAAAAGAGACCUUUGGAUCCAGAUCCAGACGAUGACGACGAUGACGAUGAUGGAUUUGGCCCCAUGCCAGUACCUGCACCGGCGCAGACCAAGCCAAAACGAAAGAAGGUUCUAAAGAAUGCACACGUCUACCUGGAGAACUUGCCCAACGGGGAGAUGUAUGAAAAGAGCUUCAUGCAUCGUGACGUGGUCCAUUUAGCGGUGUGCAGCUAUGCCACGGGCUUCCUGGUGACUGGCAGCGAGGAUGGCCAUGUGAAGUUCUGGAAGAAACAAUACGAAGGCAUCGAGUUUGUGAAACAUUACCGUGCCCACUUAAGCAAGCUUCUGGCCAUGGUCCUGUCACAGGUAGUCCAGGGUGCGGUGGCGCUGUACAGGGUGAUGUCCAAGGAUGGGAGGCUGCUGGCCACCAUCGGUGAAGAUUGUGCUUUGAAGCUUUUCGAGGUCACUUCCUUCGAUAUGACUUGCAUGAUCAAGCUGAAGUUCAAGCCGCUUCAGGUCGAGUUUGUCCACAAGAAGAACUCCCCGAGCUCAUUGGUAGCAGUGUCAGAGGCAGAGUCCGGAAAGGUUCACAUCCUUCAACCGGAGAGUGGCAAAGCUGAACCCCUGCGUAGCCUGGAGGUGCACAUGGAGCCGUGCCAUGCGAUGAGGUACAAUCCCGUUAUCCAUGCGUGCAUCAGCGCUGACAAGAGUGGUGCGUUGGAGCUUUGGGAUCCAGAUACCUUGGAGAUGCCAACGAAGCAGACCCGCCCUGGAAGGCUACGCUUCGAAAUCAAGAGCGAAACUCACAUGUAUGAGCUGCGGAAGAACCAGACUUCUGCCAUAUCCUUCUCGAACAGCGUGGAUGGCAGCAUGUUCGUGAUGGUGUGCGAGGAUGGACGCUUGCGAGUGUUUCGCUACGCCACCAUGAAGAUGAUCCGUGCCUACGACGAGUCCAUGGAGAUGUUUACUGCUGCCCAGAGUGAUCCCAACAUGGGAGAUCUUCAUUUGGACAGGUUUGACUUCGGACGCCGCAUUGCAGUGGAGAAGGAGAUGAGAAAAUCACCUGCUGUGAUGUACCAGCAGGCGGUCUUUGACGAGUCUGGGAACUUUUUGAUUUUCACCUCUUUGAUUGGCGUGAAGAUUGUGAAUCUCCAUACCAACAAACUUGUGAAGAUCUUGGGCAAGGUGGAACAGACCGAGCGCUUCUUGGGCAUCGCGUUGUAUCAGGGGAAAACGAUGAAGAAGAAGGCGGGCUUGGGAGAGUCUGUGAUUGAGGGCGAAAAUGACCAAAAGGAGUCAGCAGAUCCCGUUGCCAUCGUCACAGCCUACAAAAAGAACAGGUUCUACCUCUUCAGUACUCGCGAGCCUCCAGAGACCACAGCCGAUCUGGGACGAGAUAUCUUCAACGAGAAGCCCAGCAAGGAAGAUGCUGCAGUGGCAGCCUCCAUCAGGACUGAGAACCCCCUGGGAAAGCAAGCAACUAUUCAUACCACAAUGGGUGACAUUGUUGUCAAGCUCUUCCAUCAGGAGUGUCCGAAGAGCGUUGAGAACUUCACAGUGCACUCCAAGAAUGGCUACUACGACAAUAUCAUCUUCCACAGGGUGAUUCAGGGCUUCAUGAUCCAGACGGGGGAUCCGCAGGGCGAUGGCACCGGUGGUGAGAGCAUUUGGGGCGGUGAGUUCGAGGACGAAUUUCACCGGAAUCUGAAGCAUGACCGGCCCUUCACGCUGUCUAUGGCAAACGCCGGGCCCAACACCAAUGGCUCUCAGUUCUUCGUGACUACUGUGCCAUGUCCCUGGCUGGACGGGAAGCACACGGUCUUCGGCCGUGUUUUACAGGGCAUGGAUGUGGUCCAGAACAUCGAGAAGACCCAGACCAACUGCGACGACAGGCCGUUGGUUGACAUCAAAAUUAUGACCAUCAAGAUCAUUACCUAAAUUCCAGAAAA